GGGCGGGACGGGGCGGGCAAGCUGGGCAAUGCUGCGGCGGCGGUGCGGGGGUUUGUGGCGCGCGGCGCUGACGCGACCCGGCGGCCUCAGCUUGUUGGCGGGACAAUGCGGGGCUUCGGGCGCCUCAGGUCCCCAACCGGGUGCGGGCGAGCUGCGGGGCGAGCCGGACAGAUACGGGGGCGUCUCGGUGCGGCUCGGCGCGCUGGAGAGCCUGGACGCCGCCACCUUCCAGAGGCGCCUACAGGCUGCGAUACAGCAAUGGCGGUCAGAAGGUAGAGUAGCUGUAUGGCUGCACAUCCCCAUCCUCCAAAGCCGAUUUAUUGCUCCUGCAGCUUCUCUUGGCUUCGGCUUUCACCAUGCAGAAUCAGACUCAUCAACUCUAACUCUGUGGCUGGGAGAAGGGCCCAGCAGAUUACCAGGAUAUGCUACGCAUCAAGUAGGAGUUGCAGGGAUCGAACUCCUGGCUCCCUGCUUACAAGGAGCUGUAUUUGAUGAAAGUACCAGAAAAAUAUUGGUUGUACAAGAUCGACAUAAAUUAAAAAAUAUGUGGAAGCUUCCAGGAGGACUAUCAGAGCCUGGAGAAGACAUUGGAGACACAGCAGUCCGAGAAGUUUUUGAAGAGACUGGUAUAAAAUCAGAAUUCAGGUCCCUCCUGAGUAUUCGACAACAGCACACCAAUCCAGGAGCUUUUGGGAAGUCAGAUAUGUAUAUCAUCUGCCGCCUUAAGCCACAUUCAUUCACAAUAGAUUUUUGCCAGCACGAAUGCUUAAGAUGUGAGUGGAUGGAUCUCAAUGACCUGAUCAGGACUGAAAAUACAACUCCCAUCACUAGCAGAGUGGCCAGGCUGCUGCUGUAUGGAUACAGAGAAGGAUUUGACAAGAUUGACCUCACCAUGGAAGAACUUCCAGCAGUUUAUACAGGCCUGUUCUAUAAACUCUAUCACAAGGAACUGCCAGAGAAUUAUAAAAUUAUGACAGGAAUGGAUUAAGUUCACAUUUACAUGUUUUUUUAAAAAUUUGAAGUAAACUCUACAUGUAGAUUAAUAUAUACUAUAAGACAUUGACAUUUGGCAUUGAUUAAAUAUCUGAUGCUGAUUUUCUAAUCAUGAUUUUCCAUGAUGAAAAGUUGUUUGUAAAUAUGUCCACUUUAAAAUCCUCUUUUGAAAUAAAGCACAUAUGUGAAAAAGAUAA